CUUCCAAAUGACCAUGAACGGAAUUUUCAGGGAACUCUUGGACAAAUGUGUCACCAUCUACCUCGACGAUAUUCUAAUCUACAGCCGCAGUAGGGAGCAGCACUUGCAAGAUCUUGAUGCAGUCUUCACGCUGCUGCACAAGAACCGCCUCAUCACCAAAGGAUCUAAGUGUGACUUCCUUGAACAGGAGUUGGAAUUUCUGGAUCACAUCGUCUCUACCAAAGGAGUGAAAAUCGAUCCCAAGAAAAUCAAUACCAUACAGGAAUGGAAGCCGCCAAGCAACACCAAGGAGCUGCAGAGUUCUUUGGGAUUCGUCAAUUAUGUCCGCCGGUUUAUACCCAAUAUGGCUGGGUUAUCUGCCCCGCUAACUGACCGACUCAAGGAUCACGAUUGUUUUUGGUGGGGAGAAAAGCAGCAAGCUGCAUUUGACCAACUAAAGAUCGCCCUCACGUCGCCGCCCGUCCUUCGCAUCUCCGAUCCUAACCGUCCAUACGAAGUCAUCACCGACGCUAGCGACAUCGCCAUCGGUGUAGUUCUUCUACAAGAUUUCGGCGACGGAUUACAGCCAGUCGCCUACGAAUCACGUAAGGUGAAGGGCGCUGAGGAAAAAAUUACAUUACACGACAAGGAAAUGUUGGCCAUCGUCCACGCGUUCAAGACCUGGCGGUGCUACUUGACAGGCGCUGACGUCACUGGGCGAACCGACCACAAAUCCCUCCAGUACCAGCGAGCCCAGCCGAAUCUCAUCCCGCGACAAAUCCAAUGGCUCGAUUUCCUCGAGUCAAACUUCCACUACACCAUCACCUACAAGCUGGGCGCCAACAACAUUGCUGAUGCCCUGACCCCACCCACUGCCCACACAGCCGCCAUACAAUGAUUUGCCGAAGACAUCCUCGCA